CUGCGGGACCGCGGCGGCGACGCAGACCGUUGCUCGUCAGUUGUAGCAUGGAGUUGGGGUACCGCGCUAAGAAGAAAGUCCUCCUUAUCGAUCGCUCGCCCGAGUAGUUCGUCCACUGCAGCCGAGACAGCUAACGAGGACAGUCACAACGAGCCGGUGCAGUUUUUUAAAGCUAAGCUAGUCGCGUCGUUUGACAGCUAACGCUAACUAACGUUAGCUAACCAUCGUCCCAUUGGUAUUCAAAGUCAGUUUCAAAACAAAGCCCGCAAAACGGAGAGGUUGAGACCCAGCUGUCGCCCCCCCAGAGCAGCUUGCUACUAGACAAGCCGGUUGAGGAUAAAUUAACGCUCUUCGGGUUAUGUUUGGUUCACUCGGGUAAUACCCAGAUAACGGUAUUUUGCUGACGUUAAGCUUCAGUUAAAGAAGCUGUCAGCAGGUUUGGCAGUGACGCGUGAAUCCGUCCAUUCAGUCCGGUUCCAGGAUUCUGCGAGGCUUGGAUUUAAAUGUCCGAGAAGAGUUCAUCGUCCGGGUCGGAUGAGGAUGUGGACCCGGAACCAUCCGCGCAGCAUGUGGAGCUCGGUGGCGUUUUGAGCAAGUGGACAAAUUACAUCCACGGGUGGCAGGACCGAUGGGUCGUGUUGAAAAACAACACUUUGAGUUACUACAAGUCCGAGGACGAACGGGAGUACGGCUGCAGAGGCUCUCUGUGCCUCCGCAAGGCCGUUAUCACGCCUCACGAGUUUGACGAGUGUCGCAUUGACAUCAGUGUGAACGACAGUGUUUGGUACCUCAGAGCUGAAGAUCCUGAGCACAGACUCCAGUGGAUCGAGUCAAUAGAGCUGCACAAGGCCGAGUCCGGUUACGGAUCAGAAACCAGUCUCAGGCGUCAUGGAUCCAUGUUGUCACUCACCUCAGCAGCCAGUGCCUUGUCCGCCACAUCCACAUCCUCCUUCAAGAAGGGGCACAGGUUGCGUGAGAAAUUAGCUGAAAUGGAAACCUUCCGGGACAUUCUGUGCAGACAAGUGGACACCCUGCAGAAAUACUUUGACUCCUGUGCUGAUGUUGUCUCCAAAGAUGAAUUCCAGAGGGACACAGAGGAGGACGAGGAAGAUUUUCCUACAACUGCAAGACCUGAGGGUGAACAUAAUCACAACAACAAUGGCAGCAAAGAGAAGUUGUUUUCCCUCGUCAGUCCAAAAACGAUGAAUGGAAUAGACUUCAAGGGCGAGGCCAUUACCUUCAAAGCCACCACAGCAGGCAUCCUCUCCACCUUGUCCCACUGCAUCGAACUGAUGGUCAAACGAGAAGACAGCUGGCAAAAGAGGGUGGACAAGGAGCUAGAGAAGAGGAGGAGGGUAGAAGAUGCCUACAAGUCUGCUAUGAAUGAACUAAAGAAAAAGUCACACUACGGCGGCCCAGACUACGAGGAGGGGCCCAACAGUCUGAUCAAUGAGGAUGAGUUCUUUGAUGCGGUGGAAGCUGCGCUGGACCGACAGGACAAGAUAGAGGAGCAGUGCCAGUCAGAGAAGGUCCGGAUACCUCGACUAACUCCUGUUCCUCCAGGAGACGUCUACUCCAGUAUCGGUACACACCGGUUUGCCGCCAAGCCCCGUAGCCAUUCUUCUUCCCUGUCUUCCGUUGAGCUAGUCAGUGCCUCAGAUGACAUUCACAGAUUCAGCACUCAGGUGGAAGAGAUGGUGCAGAAUCAUAUGACCUACUCCCUUCAGGAUGUGGGUGGAGAUGCUAACUGGCAGCUUGUAAUAGAAGAAGGAGAGAUGAAGGUGUACAGGAGGGAGGUAGAGGAGAACGGUAUUGUGCUGGACCCUCUCAAAGCCACACAUGCUGUGAAGGGGGUGACGGGACACGAGCUGUGCCACUACUUCUGGGACACGGCUGUGCGAAUGGACUGGGAGACCACCAUUGAAAAUUUCAACGUUGUGGAAACGCUCUCUGAUAAUGCUGUCAUUGUUUACCAGACACACAAGAGAGUGUGGCCUGCCUCUCAGCGGGAUGUGCUCUAUCUGUCAGCCAUCAGGAAGAUCUUGGCAACAAAUGAAAAUGAUCCGGACACAUGGCUGGUCUGCAACUUCUCCGUGGACCACGACAAUGCCCUUCCCACCAACAGGUGUGUUCGGGCCAAAAUCAAUGUGGCUAUGAUCUGCCAAACCCUGGUCAGCCCUCCAGAGGGGGAUAAAGAGAUCAGCAGAGACAACAUCCUUUGUAAGAUCACCUACGUUGCCAAUGUGAACCCAGGAGGUUGGGCUCCAGCCUCAGUCCUCAGAGCCGUGGCUAAGAGAGAGUAUCCAAAGUUCCUUAAACGCUUCACCUCUUUCGUCCAGGAGAAAACUGCUGGAAAGCCCAUCCUCUUCUGAACACCCAGAGGAUUGCAGAGGGCCCACUUGAGACUCAAUGUCUACAUGACCCUUUCAUCCUCCUAAUUAGAACGUUGUCCAUUUACUGCAUUCAGAAGAGACUGGUUUUACAGCUUUAAUUCAUCAGUAGUUGUCAUCCUGCCACGUUAACAUGGCUUAACAGCACCUGUUGGUCAUGGGUACAUUUGUAUGUAAAUUCAAGAGUUUAAGUGGUUUUUGAAUUGUUACCAGUUAUUUGCUUUUUGUAAAUUGUUUUGUACAUUUAUUACACUUUUUGGGGGUUUUCUUUAAUCACUAGUAUUACAGCUACUUUUGCUGCUGCUAAAGUUACUACCAUGAGAGAGGACAGGAGAAGCAUUGAUUAGGUUUGGUACAUUAUCACCUGUUUUCUGCGGUUUCCUGUCCCUCCACAGAUGUCUCUUUGCAGUUUGAAAGGGGGCCAGGGCCUAAAGCUUUGAAAUCUUUAUAUUUCUAGAUGGCUAUAAAGUAGCUUUUGGGGAGCACCAGGGACACAAUGUAUUGUAUGGAGAAAACCAGAUACGUUUUUUAGUUUGUUUACCAAUGUGACAAACCUGAAUGGAUGGUUGAAUGCGGGGACAGUAGGGCUCUGGAAACCUGGAGUAGGAUUUAAAGAGCAAUUGAACAUUCUAAUCAAAAAUGGAAUGUUGAUAUUGGAUUUGACUGCCGUCUAUAGAUGCUGAGUUGUAAAAGUGUAUCUGUAUGUGGCCAGCAAUAGAUGUGCUGAUUCCUCUCGCUAAUUGAGUGAAGAGUUGAAACCUUUUGUACACCCUGGGUAGUUUUUAAAAAAAACUUUUCCACCCCUGAUGGUGCAGGGAAAAGCUCAAGUCUGUACAAUUUGUCAGUUUGGGCAAUUAGACCAGCUGCUAUUGUAACAAUACGGUAAAGAUAUAAAAUGUGGAGUAGUAUAGAAUAGAUCCCCUCGAAUCUUAGUCAUAUUCCAACAUUACAUUUCAAAUCCCACACUACAAUGCAGUGGCCUCCUGCCCUUUGACUGAAAAACCCCAGGACUCCUGAAUAUCUUUACUGUACAGCCACCUGAUGUGCAUUUAUCAACACUUAAAUUAAUUUGGGAAUGGUCAGCAUUUCACAUAAUCUUACCUCAAGAUGUACAUUUGUACCAAUGUUUAAUGCCAUCAUAGGUUGGGAGUUUUGCAAUCAGAUCUGUUCGUUCCAAGGGGUGAGAUGUUCAGAAGGAUCUGGAUCAUUAUUUUUCUGAUUAUAGGAGCUAGAUCUAUGAGCAAUGUCAGCUUAAGAAUGCCUCCAGUGUUUUUAAUUUUGAUAAUUCAUCAGUAAUCUACACUUUCUAUAUUUCUAAGUUGUACAUCAGAAGUGUUAUUAUUUGCACUAAAUUACAAUGUUCUGUAAAUUAAAAUUGUUAUACAACAAG